GAACUGCUUGUUCCCAGAAGGUUGAGCUGGCUGUAAAGCACACCAGGUCUAAUAAUUAAUUAAUGUACCCUAACUGCAGGGUUGGCUUCCUCCACUGUGGACGAGCAGUGUUCAGCUGGCAGCAGCAGCAGCAGCAGCAGCAGCAGCAACAGUACAGCUAACGUCGUCUCUUAGGACAGUGUUGUACCAGAGAGGACACAGAUAGAGGAGAGCGGCAGAAAAGCGUGCAUGGGAGAGAGCUGCCUGCACCACGGUUACCAUUAAUCACUCAGGGCCAUUGUGGUCCUGUCCUGUACACGGCGCCAGUACAGUCAGGAAGGCAGACAGAGAGGAGGAGGAGAAGGAGCAGUUGGAGAGGGAGAGAGGGGGGCAGGGUGGCUGUAGGGAGACAGAGAAUGGUUGGAGAUCAGCCUGUGUGUCCACCUCAGCUCCUACUGCGGGGCUGGGGAGCAGUACUGCUGUCCCAGUGCUUGUCCUCCGUCUUCUCCCAGAUCCCGGAUCCUGAGCUCCUACCCACAGACCCCCCAAAGAAGCCAGACCCAGUGACCUCAGAGACUGUUGUUUUCUGGGGGCUGCGUCUGUGGCAGGUCAUCGGCAUCUUCUCAAUAUUUGUUCUGGCAGUUAUCAUCACUCUGUGCUGUAUAUUCAAAUGUCGAAUCCCAAGAACCAAAAAGGAAAUAGAAGCGCGUCACACUCAGAGACAGGCCGCCAAGAAAUAUGCCGAAACACUGGACACAGUGCCACCACUCAACGAGCUGACGGAGAUCCCAGGAUCUGCCAAGGCAGAAGUAAAGGAAGAGGUGACAACGGUCUCUGGGAAAGUGGAUAAUGAAAAAGGAGAGAAAAAGAAAAAGGAAGGCAAAAAGGAAGGCAAAGAAGCAAAAGAAGGGAAAAAAGAUGAAGACGAUGGGACAAAAAAGAAAGGUGAGAAAGGUGAGAAAGGUAACAAAGGUGAAAAGAAAACGUCCAAAAAUGCAGAUGAUGAAGGAAAAGGGAAGAAAUCGGGAGGAAAAGGUGGAGCGAAAGCGGGAGCCAAAGGAGGAGCCAAGAAAUCUCAAAAAUGAACUGCAUUUAGGUGACAACAACUGCAUAAAGACACUUUCAUAUUUUUCACUGCAACCACUUUGGACACUUUUUUUCUUAAAUGAAAUUUGUACAGAGAUUAUAUUUACAAUAAAGGAAAAAAAAUGACGUCUAAAAACGUGGUGGUGUUUUCUUUUCAAUAACAGAUUCAAAAAUAGAAGUACAGUAAAAUUACAGGUUUAUUGACAUAUUCACAAUUUACCAACAAACACAAGAGCAGAAAAUAUUUUGUGACUUCAUUCAAGGUUUACAGCAAUAUCUACAUCAUGCCUACUUUUGGAUGUAAGAAUGAGAGGUGUCCUGAAAAACACACGUUCACACAAUGUUUCUAUAAGAUCACCGUCUACAACAGUUCUGCACGAGAUAAAUAAUAAUAAUAAUUAAAAAAAAACAACUCUCAAAACAUUUACUUCCAUGGGAGGUAUUUUCAAAAAACAUCAAAAUACAACAUUAGCUCUAUGGUUAUUGGCCGUACUUUACAAUUGACUUCAAAACACAAUCAUAGUACAUCAUACAAUCAGAAUAGAAUACUGUAUUAUCUGUUAAUAAAGUGCUCAAAUGUCAUUUUCCAAGGUUUUGUUUGUUUGUUUUUUACAAAAAAUGUUUCAUGCUCCGGAACCAUCCAACCAUGUUUGGAUUUAGAAACUGAGUUUAACAGUGUGUUUGAGAUUUUUGCAUGCUUUGAGUUAUUUAUUCAUAGCUUAGUCAUCAUAAUGCAACCCAUUGAAUCCAUAUACAGUAUGUAACACUCUACGUAUAGCUUUACAGAUACAAUAAAAACAUAUCUGAAUAGUUUCAGGCUUUUUUACAAAUCAAAUGUUUUUGUUGAAAUUACUCUUUUUAUUUAAUCAAUCUCUAGUGUAUUGUAAAGGUGAGACUUAUUUAUUGAUGCUGACAAAGUUGGAUGAAUUAAUCUGUUUAUCUGUAAACCAAGUGUAACCUAUGGUUUAGUUGAGUUUGGAAACACCUUUGUAUUAGUUAAUACACCUCAUUUAAUAAUUGAGGUGUAAAAAUUAUUAUUAUUUUCAUAAUCAAUUCAUUUAAACAUAUAUAUAAAUGUUUUUGAUUACUAAUAAGUAAUUAACACAUUUAGGCAGUUUCAUAUCUGAUGUGUAAACCUUGAAAUAAAAAAAAUUAAAAAAGUAUUUUCCAAAGGAAAAAGAAAUGUUGCUGAUAAGGCGGCACAGGCUGUGAUUCCCCGCUGGCUCUGACAUGCCUGUCACGAGGUGUCGUUCCUCUUUUGUCUCCCUUGCUUUUGUAGAAAAAAAAUAAAUAAAAAAAAGUUUUGUUUUUGUUGAGUUGCAGAAAUAGAGAAACAAUGUUGUCACUCCAGUGCACUCAGCUUUCUUUCAAUGGCAAAAACAACAAAACGGA